UGGCGGGCAGUUGAAGCUGCAGUUGGGUAAGAACCUCUGGAAACGAUGCUGCAGCCCGAGUUGGUCCGACUUGGCUCGUCAGUGAAGAGCUGCGAUGAAGACUGCUCGUCAGGGAGCCCGCGGGAGCCGAGUGAGGACGAGGAGGGGAAUCCGUUCAUCUUCACCCCGCAGCUCAUCCACCUGCACCGGGAUCACGAGCUCUUUGAGGACGGGGACAUCCACAGACACCUGUACCUGCAGGACCUCUACUUCUCAGAGGCGGACGACCAGCCCGCUCUCCGUGUGUCAGAGUUUGCCUGCCACAUUUCUGGCUGCAGUGCAGCCUUCAUGAGUUUGGAGGAGUACGAGCACCACUACAACUCCCUCCACCGAAACGUGUGCUGCUCCUGCCGUCGCUCCCUGCCAAGUGCCCGGCUCCUGGACAUUCACAUUCAGGAGUGGCACGACUCUCUCUUCACCAUCCUCGCCCAGAGGCAAGACAUGUACCAGUGUUUAGUGGAGGGCUGUGGACAGAAGUUCAGGACUAGCACACUCAGGAAGGACCACCUAAUAAGAAUUCACAUGUAUCCUCCAGACUUCAGAUUUGAUAAAACCAAGAAGGAAACAAGAACCCGGCAGACAAAGAGACAGCCGCAGAAAGACACGGACAUGGAGGUUGUGGACGAUGUGUGCGAGUCUGAGGGUGUGUGCGAGGUUAUGUGUGAUAUGCCGUCCAAUCAACCUGAGCAUGGAGACACCAUGGAGACGCAUGUGGGCGAGGAAGAAGCUGCCCGCAUGGCAAAGUCUGCCUCUCCUGAGGCGCACGUGCAUCUUUCUGCUGCAGCUCACAGCUCUGAGAACACAAGCACCGAGCCACUGAAACCACGAUACUCCUACAGGAUUCCCACCACCGUGUGCUUCGGUCACAGCUCCGUCCGAGGCUUCAGAGGGGGUCGGGGAAAGAGGAAAUAAAUCGUCACAAUUCUGUUUCAUGGGAUUUUUUUAUUAAUAACUUUAUACUCUUGUCUUGUGACAUAAUAUAUUAACUGUCAUACGUGUCGUUGAUUGAAAUAAAAUGUGAUGCACAGAAGCAUUCCUUCAGUC